CCUUCAUUUGUGAUGACCGGAAAUUCUCCUUUGACAUGCGCGAGUCCACCGAGAGACCGAGCAAAGAAACCAUUGGUAUCAAUUGCCCGGAAAAAACAGUUGACGAAGAAGUGUGGGGUGCACUUGGACACACCGAAUAACCGCCCUGUGGUGCGUGGCGUGCAUUUGAGCGCAUUUCCGUGCCUGCGUGCAUUAGAGCCCCGUGCAAUAAACAAAUCCGUUCUCGUCAUUUGUCGUGCGAAUGCCCGGCCCCCAAGCCCCAGCUUAGGGUGCACCAACUACGUUGGAAUUAGGUGCUUAGUCAGUCAAGUCCGGCCGGCUCUAGGGACUUGUGUAUGGGAAAUGAGAACAAUGAUGAGCAUACAUAGGCGAAACACGAUAGGGACAAGGAAUCCUAUCGGUGUAGGGAUCUCGAGAUAUAGUAUGAAAAUAUGGAACGGAUUGCCUAUUUGAGCAUCACUGCAUAGUGGAAUAAUUCGUCCGGGGUCUUCGAAAAGGCAUUCACAGGGUUCGAUUCAGCAAUGCCAUGUAGCACCGUGUCAGGAAAGGCAUUUCUUACGAAUGUUAUGAACUUGGAGUCAGUUAUGUAGUCAUCUUAUCGCGUAACUAGACUACUUUGCUGUGAGCGCGAGGAUCUAUACACCAAAUGUACAUGUGUACUGGUUGAAGCCAUCUCCGAGAUUUGCUUCAAGCUUCAUGUCAAACAAAUAAACCACAUCUCCUAGAGUUACACCAUUCCUCAGAAAUGAGAACUCCAAUUGGUACAACCCUACCACCAUCUCUGUCCAAAACCAUGACAUCUCAACCCGGCCGCGGAUAUCCACCAACUCCGGAUUUAAGACCGGACAUCUCCGUUUCGACUCGUACAUUCACCAAGCUUUUGCUUUACAUCAACAUUAGCAAAAUCCCAGGUACCCGAACCAAUAACCCAACUGCAACCCUAAGAUGGCAUUCAUCUCCCCCAAGAUCUGCCAAGUGUUACACACCGAUCUCCAAUCUUCUAUGCCCGCUGAACAUGCUUCACUGCGUGCGUAAUGCACCCACGGUUCACAUCUUG